AAUCGAAGGAGGGCCCUGAGAGCGCGUGCGCGCCUGAACCGGCGCGCGCGCAGGCGGGGAGACGGGCGCGCCCUCGGUCCAGGAUUUAUAAAGGCGAGGCCGGGGCCGGCGCGCGCUCUCGUCGCCUCCCCUGUCCCGGCGGCGCCAACUGAACCACCCUGCCCGCUGCCGACGUCUGAUAUGCUGAACCGCGCUGUACUGUGCCUGGCCCUGGCCGCGGCGGCCCGGGUGGGCGCCGACACCCCCGAGGAGGAGGACCACGUCCUGGUGCUGAAGAAGAGCAACUUUGCGGAGGCGCUGGCGACCCACAAGUACCUGCUGGUGGAGUUCUAUGCCCCUUGGUGUGGCCAUUGCAAAGCUCUGGCCCCUGAGUAUGCUAAAGCAGCUGGGAAACUGAAGGCAGAAGGUUCUGAGAUCAGAUUAGCAAAGGUGGAUGCCACCGAAGAGUCUGAUCUGGCCCAGCAGUAUGGUGUGCGUGGCUACCCUACAAUCAAGUUUUUCAAGAAUGGAGAUACGGCUUCCCCCAAAGAGUAUACAGCUGGCAGAGAGGCUGAUGACAUCGUGAACUGGCUGAAGAAGCGUACAGGUCCAGCUGCCACCACCCUGUCUGACAGCGCGGCCACAGAGUCCUUGGUGGCGUCCAGCGAGGUGGCUGUCAUCGGCUUCUUCAAGGACGUGGAGUCGGACUUUGCCAAGCAGUUCUUGCAGGCAGCAGAGGCCAUCGAUGACAUACCGUUUGGGAUCACGUCCAACAGUGAUGUGUUCUCCAAGUAUCAACUGGAUAAAGAUGGAGUUGUCCUCUUUAAGAAGUUUGAUGAAGGCCGGAACAAUUUUGAGGGGGAGAUCACCAAAGAGAACCUGCUGGACUUCAUCAAGCACAACCAGCUGCCCCUCGUCAUCGAGUUCACUGAGCAGACAGCCCCGAAGAUCUUUGGAGGUGAAAUCAAGACUCACAUCCUACUGUUCCUGCCCAAGAGUGUGUCAGACUACGAUGGCAAACUGAGCAACUUCAAAAAAGCAGCUGAGAGCUUCAAGGGCAAGAUCCUGUUUAUCUUCAUCGACAGCGACCACACUGACAACCAGCGCAUCCUUGAGUUCUUUGGCCUGAAGAAAGAAGAAUGCCCAGCUGUGCGUCUCAUCACGCUAGAGGAGGAGAUGACCAAGUACAAGCCUGAGUCCGACGCGCUCACUGCAGAGACGAUCAUGGAUUUCUGCCACCGCUUCCUGGAGGGCAAAAUCAAGCCCCACUUGAUGAGCCAGGAGCUGCCUGAAGACUGGGACAAGCAGCCCGUUAAGGUGCUCGUCGGGAAGAACUUUGAAGAGGUUGCUUUUGAUGAAAAAAAGAAUGUCUUUGUGGAAUUCUAUGCCCCAUGGUGUGGUCAUUGCAAACAGUUGGCUCCCAUUUGGGAUAAACUGGGAGAGACAUACAAGGACCAUGAGAAUAUCGUCAUCGCCAAGAUGGACUCAACAGCCAACGAGGUGGAGGCCGUCAAAGUGCACAGCUUCCCCACACUGAAGUUCUUCCCCGCCAGUGCGGACAGGACGGUCAUUGACUACAAUGGAGAGCGGACGCUGGAUGGUUUUAAGAAGUUCUUGGAGAGUGGUGGUCAGGAUGGAGCAGGGGAUGAUGACGAUCUAGAGGAUCUAGAAGAAGCAGAAGAGCCAGACAUGGAGGAAGAUGAUGAUCAAAAAGCUGUGAAAGAUGAACUGUAACAUGCAAAACCAGACCUGGGCACCCAGCGUGACACCUUGGUGGGCUGCACACCCAGCAGCACGCACCUCCAGAAGCCUGCACCCCUCCCUGCAGGAGGCACCGUCGGAAAUCCAGGGAAUCUUCUGAAGUAACACUUCAUUCUAACACACGUGUAAAUUUAAACCUGUCUCUUCCUUUUGCUUUUCAAUUUUUGGAAAGGGAUUUAUCUCCAGGGCAGCCCAUCUUGGUGGGCUUUUUCUUUUUUAAAAAAUUGUGAUGUACUUUUUUGUACACAGUUUUGUCCAGAGUGCUUGCUAAAAGUGUCUUGGAACCUUAUGCUGGUAACGUCUCCUUCCCGUUUGAGAGGUUUAUACUAUCACUUAAAAAAUUCCAUCUGUGGGAUUUUCGACAUUUUUCGACAUCAGGGUAUUUGUUCCACCUGGGCCGGACCUCCUUGGAGAUUCCUGUCCCCUGUGUGGGGAAGGACGGAGCCAAGUUGGACACGGUCACUGUGCACCACCUGCCAGUGUUGCCAUGACUGCGCAUGGCUCUUGCAUUUUUUGGUUAAUUAGAGACUUCCGGAUCCUGUCUCAGUGUGAGCCCCACAAUUGGAGGAGGGACCGGUGGUUGCUGGCUCUGGGGCCCAGGACAGCCCUGGGCCGUUCCCGCUUCCCUCCUUGUGCCAGCGUUCCUCAUCCUGUCAUGGGCUCAUUGCUCUGUGACCGCUGGGUUUUCUCCAGCAUGGCCCGUGGCUGCUCUUGACUCCCAGGCUGGGAAAUGGCUAAGGGUGCUGGGGCCGAAUCGCACCUUGUCAGUUCUUCAGGCAUUUCUAUCACAAUAUGGAAUUGAACACAUUGGCCAAAUAAAGUUGAAAUUUUACUACCUGUCCU